AUGGGCAACACCGAGAAGCUGAUGCAGCAGAUCAUGGAUCUGAAGUUCACCUCGAAGAGCCUCCAGCGGCAGGCCCGCAAGUGCGAGAAGGAGGAGAAAUCGGAGAAGCUCAAGGUCAAGAAGGCGAUCGAGAAGGGAAACAUGGACGGCGCUCGGAUCUACGCCGAGAACUCGAUCCGCAAGCGCAACGAGCAGAUGAACUAUCUCCGCCUCUCCUCGCGCCUCGACGCCGUCGUCGCCCGCCUCGACACCCAGGCGAAGAUGACAGCGAUCGGCAAGUCGAUGGGCAACAUCGUCAAGUCCCUCGAGUCGUCCCUCGCCACCGGUAACCUCCAGAAGAUGUCCGAGACGAUGGACCAGUUCGAGCGCCAGUUCGUGAACAUGGAGGUCCAGGCCGAGUUCAUGGAGAGCUCCAUGGCCGGAAGCACAUCGCUUUCCACACCCGAGGGCGAGGUCAACAGCCUCAUGCAGCAGGUAGCCGAUGAUUACGGGCUUGAGGUGUCUGUCGGGCUUCCACAGCCGGCGGCACAUGCCGUGUCGGUGAAGAACAGCGAGAAGGUAGAUGAGGACGAUCUAUCCAGGCGCCUUGCCGAGCUCAAGGCCCGCGGCUGA